CCCUGGCCUUCCUCAGCUUUUGAGCAUGUUUCGUCGUACCAUCCCACUCGGUUCGCUUCGCAUCUCAUCUCAUCAAACACUCUUGACACGUCGUUUUCACGCUUCUGCUUUCAACAUGGGUGUCACUAAGGAAACCAUCAAGGCCGGCGACGGUGUCAACUUCCCCAAGAAGGGUGACUCGGUCACCAUGCACUAUGUUGGUACUUUCACAAAGGAUGGUGGCAAGUUUGACAGCAGCAGGGACCGUGGCCAGCCUUUCGUCACCAAGAUUGGCGUCGGACAGGUUAUUAAGGGCUGGGACGAAGGUGUGCCUCAAAUGUCUCUUGGUGAAAAGGCAAAGCUGUUUAUCACAUACGACUACGCAUACGGUGAAAGGGGUCACCCCGCAGGUAUCCCCCCUAAGGCCGACUUGACUUUCGAGGUGGAAUUGUUGAAGAUCAACUAAGGGCUUGAUAUUUUAGCCAGUUCAAUCCAAUAAAGCUUUUGGAGUAGGCUUCUCUCGAGCCAUGAUUUUUGACAGCUCAUGCAUCAACAAUUGGCGGAACGCCCAUCCUUCGUACUAGCUAACCUUUAUAUACAAAUGCUAGAAUGACAUAUUUACAGUUGCUCAGUCGGGUUAGG